GAGAGAGACCCGCAGUUUGCUUGCGCCGGCGCUGUAUGGAAGCUGGGUGACCAUGGGGCCCAUGUCACCGGAUGGAUCUUGGCCCCGGCGAGCGCUGGAUACAAACUCAGGUGCCUAGCCGCGUCACCACCAAGACCUACAAUGUGGCCAUCAGCGCCUGCGGCAAGAGCGAGCGCUGGCAGGAGGCCGUGUGGCUGCUUCAGGCGCUGCCCCAUGCUGCGCUCGAAGCAGACGUGGUCACCUACAAUGCCGCGAUUGCCGCAUGCGGCCGGGGUCGUCAAUGGGCCCGGGCGAUCGCCUUGUUGGAGUUGGCGCAGCUCAAAGCGGAGGCGGACGCCAUCGGCUACGGAGCCGCCAUCGCCGCGUGCGAGUGGACGCUGGCCUUGGCGCUGCUCGCGCAGAUGGCUCGCCGCCACGUGGAAUGCAGCGUGAUCGCCCAGAACUCCGGCAUCAGCGUCUGCGCCCAGGCUGCCCAAUGGCAGCGUGCGUUGCUGCUGCUGUUCGGCAUGCACGAGCAAUGCCUCCAGAGCACGGUGGUCUCCUUCAACGCGGCCAUGGCGGCCUGCGCUCGGGAAUGGUGGCAGGCCAUGUGUGUCCUGCAAGCACUGCCUCUACGUGGACUUCUCCCAGACGUGAUCUCAUACAACGCAGGCAUCAACGCCUGCGAGGCCCAAAAUGGCUGGCAGAUGGCUUUGGGACUCUGCCGAAACCUUGAGGAGAGUUUGCUGCAGAGGAACGUGGUCACCUUCGGGUCGAUGAUCAGCAGCUUCGCCAAGAAUUCUCAGUGGCAGCAGGCUCUGGACUGUUUGCGGGAGCUCAAAAUGUCCGCAUUGCAGGAGAAUUUGAUUGCCUACAACGCCGCCAUCUCUGCCUGCGAGCACAUGCAGCUGUGGCAGGCGGCAGUGCACUUGCUGCAGGAGGCCCAAGCAAGCGCCAUCACGCCUGACAUCAUCUCCUUCAACUGCGCCUUGAGCGCCUGCAGCGAGGACCUGCCGGCGGCACGGCGCCUGCUGUCCGCGUUGCGCUUUGCGGGGCUUCAAGAGACGCCGGUGACCGGCCACGCGGUGAUGCGGGCACUGGGCAGCGCCUCCCAGUGGGAGGAGGCCUUGGCACACCUGGCGCGCCUCGCAGAUCCCGACCUCAUCAGCUUCCACUGCGCCGCCGCCGCCGCCUGCGGCACGGCACACGCCUGGCAGCGGGCGCUGCAGGUUCUGAGCAGCGCCCGGCUCGCGAGCUUCCACUGGGACAGCGUCACCUACACUACCGCCAUGAUCGCCUUUGAGAAGGGUGGCCAGUGGCAAAAAGCGCUGCUUCUUUUCGAAGAGGCAGUCACAAGGACGAGAUGUGACCUCGUCAUCUACAACGCAGCCAUGAGCGCCGGUCCCUGGCAGCACUGCCUCCUGCUGCUGCAUGACCUGCAGCUUCGGAAGCUGCGCGCCAACGCGGUCACCUUCGGCGCAGUGGUGAGCGCGUGCCGCAACAGUGGGCAGUGGACUUGGGCGCUGCACGUCUUGGACGUGGCAAGGCGGCAGCUGGCGGCCAACUCGGUGGUGACCAAUGCCGCGGUGAACGCGUGCGGGCGCGCGGAGCAGUGGCAGCGAGGGAUGCAGCUCUUGGGGCCGGACGCGGACCUCGCGGCUUACGAUUGCCUUUUGGCCGCCACGGCGGGCUGCGGUCGACGCGACCAGGCCGUGCGGCUGCUGUGGCGCUCCGCACAUCUCCGCACCGCCGCGUCCUUCCUCUGGGCCUUGGCCACGCUGGGCUGCGAGGACCCCGAGGUCAUCGCUGCUGCACUGGACCUCGACUCGGACUCGGAUCCGCGGCUGCUGUGGUCACUGGCCACGCUCGGGGUGGAGCAUCCAAAGCAGAGGUCCCUCUAUGCGCAGUUUCUCCGAACCAUCGAUGGCCGCAGCCUGGAGGAGAUCCUUUUGGCCGCGUCACACUGCGAUGCCCAGCUCGAGGCGGCCCACUUCGAUGGCCUGCAGGAGGCAGUGUUGCUGAAGCUGCCUGAGCUUGGCCUGGCAGUGAGGUCUCGCCUGGCAUUUCCGGAUUUGGGCAUCUCCCUGCUCGGCAUCUUGGCCGCCUGCCGCCUCAGCGGCUUUCUGCGCCAGCGCUUGCUCCACGCCGCGACCACCGCACUGCGAAGGGUGGGCCGGCGCAUGGAUGGGCCGCCGCAAGAAGCGCCACUGCAGGCCUCGGGCGGCACCGACUCACCGCUGGUGCUGGACCAGCGGGACUGCCUGGUGCUGCAGAAGCCGUCUGGGUGGGAGACCUACGGAGGCCACACCAAGCGUCAGCUGAGCAGCUUCGUGGUUCAAUCCUUCGGUGCGGCCAUCUUCCAAGACCUGGCCCACAACUGCGGAUUCCUCCACCGUUUGGACGUACCCAGCUCAGGUCUGAUCAUCGUCGCAAAGACCUACGAAUCCUUCUACCACCUCCAGGUCCAGCUCCACGCGGGCCUUCUCACCCGGGAGUACCUGGCGCUCGCCCACGGCGAAGCGGGUUUCCGCGGCCGCGGGCUGCGGAGUCGGCUGCAGCCCCGCAGUCAGGGCCCCACGCUGGCCGGGGGCCGGGGGAAGUGGAGCGAGACCCGGGUUCAGGUGCUCAGCCUCCUCUAUGGUGAAGUGGGCGCCUUCUCAUACCUGCUGCUGAGGCUGGUCACCGGCAGGAAGCACCAAAUCAGGAGCCAGCUGGCCUUUGUGGGUCACCCUUUGUGCCGUGAUGGGCUCUACACCGGCAGCGCCACCUUCCGCGGAGACAAAGCGGUAGCGUCCAGGAACUGGCUCCACCGGCACCGCCUGGCCUUCACCGAUGGAAAAGGUCGACGGGUGUCGCUCCGCACCGAACUGCCGGCAGACCUGCAGCGAUCCCUGGCGAGGCUGCGGCGCCGCCGUAGGGCCUGAUGCGCGCAAAGGGCGCUGGAUGGAUUGGAGGUUGCGAGCUCCAUGCCGAAGGCCGAAGCUGCUUCGAUGCAUCCUGCAGGCAGCUCCGCAACCGAACACGCUGAAGGACUUUGGCCAUUUGGCCUGCGCGGACUCGACGCCAGGCAGAAACCAUGGACGGGAAGUCCCGAAGCUUUCCUUGGCCGUUGAAAAGGCGACUCGCAACAGUCGCUGCGUUCAGAAGUCGCGGAGCCCAUGUCCCGGAAGAGCCAUGGCCCGU